GAAACAAGCAUUUUGUUUCUCUAGCACAUAAAGACGACUAAUCUUAUUCUUCUACGGUAGUUGAACUGUAUCCUUCCUUUGGAAUUAUUACUCCAUCAAUUUUUAAGGAAUUGAUUAGUUAUGCGCGAUGAGCCCUUGUCCUUGCUGGAGAAAAACUUUGCUUUGGAAGCCCUACAAGCAGGAAUUAGAGUAGAUGGUCGAAAGAUCGAUGAAGCAAGACUUGUAAACUUUGAAUUUGGUUCACAAUAUGGUACAGUGACGGUUCGUUUGGGAAAGACCAAAGUAUUUUCUUCCGCCAUCGCAGAGGUCGUAGAACCAACUAUAGAUAGGCCUGCUGAGGGCUUUGUUACUUUCUCUGUCGACUUAUCACCAAUGGCAAGUGAAAAUUUAAUGCUUGAAUACCUUUAUUCUGGAAGAACGUCCUCAACGUUGGAGGAAGCAGCUGAAAUAGUGCGCUUCCUACAACAAAUAAUACGAGAAAAUCAAGCAAUAGACACAGAAACGCUUUGUAUUGUCGCAGGUGUACAAGUCUGGGCAAUAAGAGUAGAUAUUCACGUCCUUGAUCACUGUGGAAACGUAUUGGACGCUUGUUGCAUGGCUGCAGUGGCAUCGCUACUGCAUAUGCGAAAACCGGUUGUAACUGUCGUUGGGAAAGACGUAUUCAUUCACGGGAUCGAUGAACGCGAGCCAGUACCUUUAACAGUCCAUCAUUUGCCAAUAUCUGUGUCCUUUGGUAUUUUCUUGGAUGGUGACCUUAUUGCAAUAGAUCCCAGUAUACAAGAGGAAUCUGUCAUGGAAGGUACCCUAUCCAUAGCAGUCAAUGCCCAUAAAGAAAUUUGUGCUUUUCGUAAAGCUGGAGGUGCGUCCAUUGAGACAUCGUUGAUUUUCAAAAAUGCUUCUUAUGCGUAUUUGAGAGCGACUGAAGUUACAGUACAACUUGAAAAGGCUCUCAAGGAUACGUAUAGUAGAAAUGCAGUGGCUUCUGUGAAACCUCUUCAAGUAGAAACGACGAAAAAGUCAUUUCCUUUGAAUGAACAAGUUCAAGGUGUUACGACUGUUUGGAAACAAGUUGCGAAACAAAGUGCUUUGGAAGACAAGGAAAAAACGGUAGACCAGCCAAAUAUCACAAGUGUUACAAAUGCAGAAAUGGAAAUAUUUAUAGAUGACUCUGAAGAAUCAUAUACGAAAAGCGAUGAAUUAUCAGCUUCAACGGAUUCAGACGAAGAAACUGCUCCAGCUGUAAUUGCAAGACCGAGAGGUGGUAAGGGUCGUCCAAAAAGCAAAAAGUGACUCUUUCCAAAUUGAUCAAUUCUUAUGACAUUUAUCUGUUGCAUACUUGAA